CCGGAAGUGAUGAAGGGGGAAGCCAAAGAAAAUGGUAUGCUGCAAUCAUCCCUGGACCAGUACUUCAAGCCGAUCAACUACCACGGAUCGGAAGAAGUAUACAGAAAAAAAGCUGCUGAAUCGGAUGAUCUCUCGGGGAGAACAGAUGAGUCGGGUGGAAUUUCCGAAAAAGCCGAUGCAUCCGAUGAAUUCUCGGAUGAAGAGGUUUCUUAUCGUUCACUUUCUUCAACGCACAUAUGGGCAACCGACGGGCGAUAA